CAUCCCGUGCAGCAUGGCUGUCGAACCUCCAGGUCACUAGGGGGCGCACUUUCACAAUGUUACUGAACCGUACCUAAAACAAGUACGACUACGAAAUGACAUACGGUAAAGCUUGUUUGUGUCAAUGACCAGACUAGUCUGAAUGUAACAGGUGGGGCCGGAGUUCAAAAGCUUUUCAGUGACUAGGAAAUGACUAGUGCGGAUAUUAAUGUAAUUAUAAUCAGAGGUCAUUAAGUAAUGAAGCAAAAUUGACUCAUGACACCACCCACAAACAUGUAUUUUGUAUGCAAAAGAACAUUAGUCAUUUUUCUCUGAAUGACUAUUGCAAUCAUUAUGAUGAAACGCAUACUACUUCAUCCAGUGAAUAUCCCCUAUAGGUCAGCGGACAGACACUUUCACCAUCUUGCAUCAGCUUUGCAGUAGAGGUACAGUACAUCUCUACUCAACUUUAACUGGACAAAGCUUACGGCCCUUCCUGCUCUCAAUAUUUACACACACGAAGGACUGUGAGCCAUGUAGAGAUUAAAGGAAUUAUACAUGAACUAUGACCUAAUUUUGUUUGUUGUCCGACCUGAUUCUGUAUCAGUUCUUUAUUCUGUUUGCCUUAGCUUUUUAAGGCCUGCCAUCCAGUCUUGAAGCCUCCCAGAUUUCGUUGUCAUUGUGCUCACCUGCGUUUCUCCUUUCAUGUGAAGCCUCCCCUUAAGGGCUUCAAUUUGCCUUUCAACUGAUAGUGGCUCUGUGUCCUUUUCCUUACUCCAGAGGGGAGAAGAACAAUGAAAAGGACAAUAAGGAUCCUCACAGCACAGGAAAGGUUGCCGGAGGUCAGAGUUCACCACUGAACCUUCAUCCCCAGAGCUCUCCUCAUCUUCGUCAUCGGACCAGUCUGAAUCUUUCUUCUCUUCCAGCUCGCUCUCAGAUCCCAGUUCAGUUUCGAGAGCUGUAAGGAGAUGUCCUGCUGGGGAGAACAGAGGAGACCACCCAUGCUGUGUGCUGGUUCCCUCUGGGGGUAUGGCCACGAGCACUGAGGUAUGAGAUCUGACAGACAUGUGAGUGAUGACAGAGCUUCCAUGGUUUCCAUGGAAACGGGAGCAUCAGCGGGUACACCAGGGCCUACGGAGCUAGUACUUGGAUUGCGGCGGCUCUCGUUUGCAUACCAGGACCUGAUAGAGAUACCAUAUGACGUCAUUCUGGAGCAGCGGGACACCUUGGAGGUCUUGGAUCUCAGCUAUAACCUACUAGAGGAGAGCCCAGCUCUGCUAGGAGAACUGGAGAAGCUAGCUACCCUUAUCCUGGACUGCAACAACUACAACUCUCAUGUCAAAUUUCCCUACUUGCCCAGCAUCACCACCAUGUGCAUCAACAAAAACAGAAUCAGCAACCUUCCCAUCUUUGUCGAGGAGGUACGGAGGAAGUUCCCCAACAUCAGGAUUCUCAGCAUGAUGAACAAUGAAGCUGCUCCCAGCUACUUUAAUGGAGGGAGUUUGACUCAGUAUAUUGAUUACAGGCAGUAUGUGAUCAGCCAGAUUCCCACUCUGGAGGUGCUGGAUGACACAGAAGUGCAACGCGCUGAGCGCCUGCAGGCCAAGAAGACGUACCGCAGGCAUGGAGUGAGGGGAGCUAGCAUGCGGAGGAAGGAGUUCCGUCACUGAGUAACUCCCAAGCUCUGACCUUCCUCAUCAAUUCACAGACUUUUCCGGAUCAUGUCAGAGACACCUGAGGACUUCUCUUAUUACACAGAGUUUGUUUUAGAGUUUUUUUCCUCUUAGGAUGUAUCAACCAAGAAGCUGUGACAUGUAAGACCUGCUGAGAAGGUGAUCAGUGACAAUGACAUCUCAGACUUACUAGGCAUAUUGAAAUGUAUUUUUGAAAUUUUAAAUGUAAUUGUUUUUAUUAGUCAGGCAUUACGUGCUAGCAUUUUAUUUAGGGAACAUGAAUAUUGAUUUGACUCUGCUUGCUUCAAAAGCAAUUAUAAUUCAUAUGCAUUUAAUGAUUUUAAAAGCCACGCGUUCAUCAGUCGGAUCAAAUAAUGCAACUGUCCACAUCACUGCAGCUUUAUGUGUGCCCAAAUCUAGAAACCUCAACCAUAGUCAUAUCUAUAGCCAAAUCCCACCUUCAGUAGGCCUUGAUAAGUAUAACAGAAGAUGACUUUUUUUGAGGUUCAAACCAUCCAUCCAUUUCCUGAAACCGCUUGUCCUACUCAUGGUCGCGGGGAGGUCUGGAGCCCAUAGAUUCAAACCAGCAGUUCUGAAAUCCACAGUUAAAGUACAUGCUAUAAUACAAUUUAAUGACCCAAACAUUCACAUUUUCAAUAAAGCAGGUUUCAUUGAUUAGGUCAUCCAUCCAUCUAAAGGCCAUUUUUCCCGCUGAAGGUCGUACAGACCAGGCCCCUCAUUUCAGGCCACGGACUAAUUUCCGGGAGUUUCCCAGUCGUUCCUAAACUGGCGAGGAUUUAUAAUCCGUCCAUCAUAUCCUGGGUUUGCCCUGCCGCCUCUGCCCAGUGAAAAAUGCCCAGUCUUCCUCCUGAAUCCUUCAUUCAGCCAUCAGUCUCCUCUCUAUUACGCUCAUGCAGACUUUCCCUUUGGAGACUGAGAAGUGUGGUGUCCCUGUUUAAGAACAGAGCCCCCCACCCUUGUCUGCCAGCCACCAGGUACUUUAUUGACCACCAUAUAUCAACAUUAACUGCAUAGACUCUGAGCCACUAGAUCUUUACAACCAUUCCAACUUAAUAAAUAUUUCCUAACAUCAAAGGUUUGAUUGGGUCAAAUUUCCAGUCACAUUCUUUAGCAUAGUAAAAAGCAGCACAUCAGUUUCUUGAACAUUAACAUUCAGCAAAACUAUUCAGCAACUAUUGUGUAUCAUUACCUAUAGGAUUCAGGAUGUCAUAGUUCAAAGUGCAUUUUUUAAAUUGUUUUUUGCCAUUCUUAUUAAUUACAAUCACUUAUAUUCAUUUGAUUUCUGAGUGGCCCGCCUAAUAAACCGCUAGAACUUGGUUGCUAUUUUCUGA